AUGGAAGAACUAUUAGCGAGACAGCGCAAGGAGCAGAAAGAUCUUCAGGCACGCAUCACGCAGAAGAAGAAAUCAGCUACAAAGAAGACACGUCGCGGAAUCAACGAGGAAUGCGAGAGGCUGCAGCGAGAGCUCUCCGAUCGUCACCAAGGCGAAAUUGCAGCGCUCAACGGCGAGCCGGUCCAGCCAGUCGAUGGCUUCGAAGACCUUAGUCUUCGCGAUCCCGAUGUCGAAGAUGCAGAUACAGUAGAGAAACCUACAUCAGAUGUUACACAAGGCACAGACAGCCUCCCGGAGCCUUCAACGAUCGACUCGACGGCAACCUCCUCACCUGCCUCCGCCCCGCGUACGAAGAAACCGAAUCGACAAAAGGCUCGUCUGGCACGUCGGGCAGCAGAACAGGCGGCUCAGUCGGCGCUUGCCGCAGAAGAGGCCGCGAAACAGGUUGACCAUCGUGGGAACGAAAAGGAGGUGAUGGAGGCUGUUUACAAACGACUGGGCUUGAAAGAGGUGGAAAUCAACCCAGAUGGGCACUGUUUAUAUUCAGCUAUUGCCAAUCAGCUGGAAGAAUCAGGGCUUGGGCUCAGGCCUGAUCCACAACGGAUAGUCAUUCAGCCCCAGACACAGUCUCGGAUUGAUACGGUUGCUUCGCCCAAACAUGAUGGCUACAGAGCGGUUCGAGCAGUCACGGCGGAUUUCAUCGUCGAGCACAAAGAUGACUUCGAGCCCUUUAUGGAGGAGCCGUUGGAUUCGUAUACCCGGAAGAUCAAGCUUACGGCGGAGUGGGGAGGACAGCUGGAGCUGCAGGCAAUCGCUCGGGCAUAUGGAGUUAAUAUUAAUGUCAUCCAAGGCGAUGGCAGGAUAGAGAGGAUUGAAUCCGGCGAUAUGGAUGGGAUUGAUGAGGAAGAAAGAAACAAGCGGGUCAUUUGGUUGGCAUACUACCGGCAUACAUACGGGCUGGGAGAGCAUUAUAAUGCCCUUACGAAACAAUCAUAG